UUUGGCUUUAACCAAGCAUUUGGAAUGCCCAAAUCUUCAAUCCUUUACUAUGUUGCUUUAAUGCCUCCAACUUUGGUUUGCAGAGUCUUUCCCUGAAAUGGGUUGCAAAAAACUGCUCGAACUUUCAAUCAAUGUUUUCCCUUUUCAAAAUUCUUUUAGGCCAUUUAAACAAGUUUCGAGCUAUCUCUCUCUAUGUGUCUGUAUUAUGCAUAUAUACAUACAUACAUACAUGUAUGUAUUUCAAGAUUUUUAGCGUCUUUGUUGAAGUGGUGAUUUAGUGAAGAGUUUGUCUUAUAAGUUCUUCACGCCCUCUCUAUGUUGAUCAGCACGUGUUCAACGGUUUAUUCUCUUUCGGUUAUUUUUGGAAACUUUGUCCAAUGACUAUCCUCUCUCCAAAUUAAUUGUGCUAAUGUAUUUUAUGUAUAUAUAUACUCGUGAUGAUUGUUCAAGAGGGUUCAGUGUGCGUGAGUUGUUGUAAUCCCUUACUAGUUAGUACUGGCUUCGGUUCAUACGGAUCAAAAAGAAAAAGUAAAAACACUUGUGAUGAUUGUGUUUUGGUUAUUGUUACAAAGUUUUUAAUAAUCUAACUUUAUGUUAUCAAAUUGCUGCUAAUUUCAUGCAUCUUUGGCACAGAAAAUAAAAAAGAGACACUGAGAUGAAUGAAUCAAUUUGUUGAGGUAUUCAAAAUUGGGAGGUUUUCGUUUGAAUUGUGAUGUCCAAGCCACUGCUAGGCAUAGGGGAAGAGGAAGGUCAAAGCAAUGUCACUUUGUUGGGCUCUUCCUCAGCCACCAUGGAGAGUGUUUGCAUGAAUAGCUCGAAAUUGAAAGAACGCAACUAUAUGGGGUUAUCUGAUUGUUCAUCGGUGGACAGCUCCGCGCCGUCCUUCUCAGAUGAGAGUAAAAGUAAUCUGAACCUUAAAGCUACUGAGCUCAGGCUGGGGCUUCCGGGAUCGCUGUCUCCAGAACGAGAUUCAGAUCUUUGCUUGAGAAGUUCAAUUCAGUUUGAUGAAAAACCUUUGUUUCCUUUGCAUCCUGCAAUUGAUGAUCAUCAUUCCUCAUCAAAGCCUGCUGUUUUGGGUAACAAAAGAGGGUUCUCUGAUGUGAUGGGUGGAUUCUCAGAGGAGAAAUUGCUUGUUAGUUCUGAGGUCAACACAAUAUUGUCACCCAGGCCUUCUCCUAAUGUGGGAUUGAAACAAAGCUCUAUGCUUGAGAAUAUUGGGGCUCAGCAAGCCAAAGCCAAAGAACUCGCAACAGCCAAGGUUGGUCUUGAGAGAUCUCAUGCUGUCAAUGAAAGCAGACCAAGUCUUAAUGGUUCUCCAAAUAACAAUAGCUGUGCACCAGCUACCAAGGCACAGGUUGUUGGUUGGCCUCCUAUAAGAUCAUUUAGGAAAAAUUCGUUGGCCACAGCUUCAAAGAAUAUUGAAGAAGUAGAUGCCAAGGCAGGAUCUGGUGCACUGUUUGUAAAGGUAAGUAUGGACGGUGCUCCUUACUUAAGAAAAAUAGACUUGAAGAAUUACUCUGCGUAUACCAAAUUAUCGUCUGCUCUGGAGAAUAUGUUCAGCUGUUUUACCAUAGGUCCUUGUGGAUCUCCUGGAAAUCUAGGAGGGGAGGUGCUGAAUGAAACCAAGCUGAAGGAUCUGCUUCAUGGAUCAGAAUAUGUUCUAACAUAUGAGGAUAAAGAUGGUGACUGGAUGCUAGUGGGUGAUGUUCCCUGGGAGAUGUUUAUUGAUACGUGCAGGAGGCUGAGGAUCAUGAAGAGCUCUGAUGCCAUUGGUCUAGCAGCACCCAGAUCUGUUGAAAAAAGUAAGACCAGGAACUAGGCAGUAUCAAGCAUCUCAUCACUCCCUAUCCAUCUAACUGUUUGUGGGGUUAAAAAGCUUUCUGGGCUAUGUGGGGAGCAACCAAAUGCCAUAGUGGCUUGGAAGCAAAACUGAAGGCAUGUUGGACCGGAUAGAAUUUCGUUGUAAAGUGCCUUGAUCAUGAUAUUAUUUACUAUGUGUGUGUUAUGUUGUCAAGAUGUUUAUAUUCAGUAAGCUUUUUUCAUGAUUGUCACAACUUAUAAAACCGCAAAACCUGUCCGUGGGAGGUUCUUAUAUUUUAUGUGCUCUCAUGUUCCUGUUGUGGUGAAGGAUUUGUAGUUUGUAUAUUGCAUCAUCCCUUCUAUGUUUGCAACUUUGUGUGAGAUAAAAAACGCCAAGUUGUUAUAUGUUAUGCACCUUCUACUGUUUCCCUUUUGGUAUCUGUUAAAUGUCAUUGACUUGGUUAAAA